AUGGUCACGAGGUUUCUGUGUUCCACCUUACGUAAUGCCUUGCUUUUAUGUGUUAUACCUUAUCUAUUGUUGUGCUCACAGGAUUUCUGUGUUCCGCGACCUACUGCAUGUUCACAAGUUGUUUCACUCCAUAAGACAUUCUCUACAAUUGUUCGAUUGGUCAAUGUCAAGUAUGGUGUUCUAUGA